UUAAAUUUCCGAAGCGAAGUAACGUCCCCGUGCGAGACCCUAUUUACACCUGCCCUUCCAUAUACCCUAGAAUCAAAACUCCACAUCUUGAGUGAACAAUCAUUCCAAUGGGUUAUCUUUCUCACCGAGUUGAUCCAGAUGAACUCAAGCCAGGAGACCACAUUUACACCUGGAGAACUGCAUUCACCUAUGCCCACCAUGGUAUUUAUGUUGGUGGACGCAAGGUUAUCCAUUUCACUAGUGAUCAAGAAAAUGCUAUGUCUAAUUCUGGAUGGAACUUGUCUUCUAGCCUUCCAGUUCCAUCUUCAUGUUUGAACUCUUCAUCUUUGAACUCUCCAUCUUUGAACUCUCCAUGUUUGAACUCUUCAUGUUUGAACUCUUCAUGUUUGAACUCUAUUGACUGUGGAUUUUCGCUACCUAAUUGUGAUUCUGGUUCAUGUUUAUGCGCUUACUACUGUGGAUUUCAUCAACCAGAGAGUGGAGUAACUUUCUCUUGUUUAAAUUGUUUCAUUGGAACUGGAUCACUGUACCUCUUUCAGUAUGGAGUGACGAUAUCUGAACAUGUUACCAAACUCCGAGGCGGCACUUCCACCACUGCGCCAUGCGAUCCACCCCAAGUUGUGAUCCACAGAGCCAUCUAUUUGCUCAACUCAGAGACCGGAUUCGGAAAGUAUGAUCUGGUUAGGAACAACUGUGAGGAUUUUGCUUUGUAUUGCAAGACGGGCCAUAUGAUUCCUAUCAAGCACGUUAGUACUGGUAGCAGCGGUCAAGUGAAUUUCAUCUAUAAUGCUCCAUGGAUGCCCGCUCUUGUUUCAAUAGCUCUAAGAGUUGCGUGUGGCACCGUCGCGGGUGUACUCGGUGGAGGUUACACAGUUUGGAAGCAUUAUCGGAACAGAUGUGAAUCUGACAUUGGUGUUCGAGAUGAUGCUGUUAAGGUUAACGUGGAAGAUGUUGGAGCGUUUCGUCGCUAUUACCAAGCCGGUGGAAUGUAACUUGCGCAUCAUGUAAUCGAUAAGCUUACGGUGUUUGAUGUGAAUUGUUAUGUCAUUGUUUAUUGUUCAAAAAGUUGUAAUUCGAGACGGGUCUUUUGUU